AUCGUCUCGGACAAAGAUGCGGCCAAACGUGCUGCCCGUGCUCUGCUGAUAAGCUCAAGAGUUACCUGAAGGAAGAGGACAAGAAGCGGCCAACAGGUGGCUGUUUGCGGGCACUCUGCACUGUAGCGCACACCGUUUCCACUGCGCACCGCCACGAUGCUGUUACAGUCCGGCGCCUUGUUACUGCUGGCGGCUCUCUACUCAAGUGUAGACCUGACGGGGGCUGAGGGCUGCGGGACAUCGUGUGGAAAAUGUGACUGCAGCGGUGUGAAAGGAGCAAAGGGUGAGCGUGGAUUUCCUGGUCUACAAGGUAAUAUGGGAUUUCCAGGGAUGCAGGGACCUGAAGGGCCUCCAGGACCUAUUGGCCCCACGGGAGCAGUCGGUGAACCUGGGGCUCCUGGAAUAAAAGGAGUGCGGGGUCCUCCUGGUCUGCCAGGUUUCCCAGGAAACCCAGGCCUACCAGGCAUCAAUGGAAACGACGGCCCACAAGGUUUGCCAGGCAUCCCAGGGUGCAAUGGGACUAAAGGAGACAGAGGAAGGGACGGCACUCCUGGUUUUCCUGGUCUUCAAGGACCUCCUGGCAUCCCAGGAAUUCCCGGAAUGAAGGGUGACCCUGGUGGUGUGAUCGGGAUUGUUCCCCUGAAAGGAGACAGAGGAUUCCCUGGCACACCUGGAUUACCUGGACCAGCUGGAUCUCCUGGACCUACUGGACCUCCAGGACCUCGAGGCUAUGCAGGACUCAAAGGUGAACCUGGCCCACCUGGCCCUCCUGGAGAGAAGGGUGACAAGCUGGCCUUUGUGAGUGAGAAGGGAGAUAAGGGUGACCGAGGAUUUCGUGGCCCACCCGGCCCUCCUGGACCUCCUUACCAGGGAGUGGGAGGAAGUCAUACCACAGUGCAUGUACCUGGACCUCAGGGAGAAAGAGGACUUCCAGGAGACAAAGGAGACCAGGGUGUUUGCAUCCCAUAUCAAAAUGGUAUCAAAGGUGAUCCCGGCCCACCCGGACCAAGAGGUAAACCUGGCAAGGAUGGAGAGCAUGGAUUGAAGGGAGAAAAAGGCUUCCCCGGAGGCUCUGGAUAUCCUGGUUCGCAGGGUGAAAAGGGAGAAAGAGGACCACCAGGUUAUGGUACUGGCGCUCCUGGUCCUCCUGGUCCUCGUGGUUUCCCUGGAUUACAAGGAGACAAAGGUUUCCCUGGUCCCCAAGGAGAGGCAGGUCCACCAGGCCGGCACAUUGAAGGGCCUCGUGGAGAGAAGGGUGAGAAGGGAGACAUAGGUGAGAGAGGAGAGAGGGGAAUAGAAGGAGAGUCUCUCGUUGGACCUCCAGGACAACCUGGAGACCCUGGACCACCUGGACCACCUGGACAACCGAUUGAUCCUAAUGAAUGUAACAUCCAGAAAGGAGCUCCUGGCCCACCUGGACCUCCAGGGUUACAAGGGGAACUGGGACAGAAAGGUGACAGAGGUGAUACCUGUGUUCAGUGUGAAGGUAGCGGCCCACCUGGAUUACCUGGCCCCGAGGGUCCUAAAGGAGAACGAGGACCUCCUGGGCUUGUAGGAGCUAAGGGAGAAAAGGGUGGAACUGGCCUUCCUGGACAACCUGGAAGACCUGGUUCUCAAGGUGUUCCUGGGUUGAUUGGAGCUCCUGGUGCUAUUGGUGAACCAGGGGACAUUUUUGCAGUUCCUGGUCUGAAGGGGGAAAAAGGUCUGCCUGGUCUCUCUGGUUCACCAGGGCAGCCAGGGCAGGAUGGACUGCCAGGGAGAGAUGGCAUCCCUGGAGUACCUGGCCUUAAAGGAGAACCAGCCAAAGAGGGCAUCAAGGGUGAGCGUGGGCCAUCUGGAGACCCUGGUCCUCUUGGGCCACCAGGAGAGAGGGGUCCACCUGGCCUGCCAGGCUUCGGUCGACCAGGAGAAAGUGGAGAAAAGGGCAGCCAGGGGAGACCAGGCAUCCCUGGAGUUCCUGGACCACCUGGUACAAAAGGUGAGCCAGGUAAAGGUGUGAUGACUCCUGGACCUCAGGGAAUACCUGGGCCACGCGGAGAAAAUGGCUUGCCUGGAAUUCAAGGUGACAGAGGCCCACAAGGAGAUUCAGGGUUGCCAGGUUUCCCUGGACAAAAGGGUGAACACGGACUUCCUGGAAUUGGACUCCCAGGUCCAACUGGUCCUAAAGGACUCAGUGGAAUUCCAGGAGCUCCUGGAUUACCAGGAGAGCCAGGAAGACCUGGACAGGAUGGCUUCACUGGACAACCUGGUGUACCUGGACAAAAAGGUGAACCAGGACGGGGUCUUCCAGGCCCAAAAGGUUCGCAGGGCCUCCCAGGAAUUACUGGCUUCCAGGGAGAAAAGGGUACAGUUGGACUACCUGGUGUUCCUGGACGAGAAGGCUCAACAGGACCUCCAGGACCUCAGGGAAUCAAAGGUGAAGUGGGACCCCCAGGACCUCCUGGAUUGAGUGGCUCACCAGGUCCUCCAGGAAAAGGCUCACCCGGAGCUCCCGGACCACAAGGACCAGCUGGAGAGCCUGGACCAUACGGUAGGGAAGGUGCAAAGGGAGAAAAGGGCUACCCAGGUGCUCCUGGUCUGGACAUGCCAGGGCCUAAGGGAGAGAAGGGAACCCCCGGGUUCCCAGGAAUCCCAGGUCCUAAAGGACUGCCAGGGCCGGCAGGCCUACCAGGCAGGGAUGGACUGAUUGGAAACCAAGGUCCUAAAGGUGAAAUGGGGGUCAUAGGGACACCAGGAGUACCAGGAUUUCCUGGACCACCUGGUACACCUGGAUCUCCUGGACUGAGAGGUGAUCCUGGUAUUACUGGACCAAGAGGUGAAAAUGGAGAGCCUGGACGUAAAGGAGAAAGGGGAGACCGAGGUCUCCAGGGACCUCCUGGGAACAUGAGUAUAGUUGACAUGGAGCACAUGAAGGGGGAGAAGGGAGACACAGGAGACAGAGGUAUGCCUGGGGUCACUGGAGAGAAGGGCCACCGUGGACUUCCUGGUAACCCUGGAAUGCCAGGCAAAGAUGGAGAGCCUGGAUUACCUGGACAGCCAGGUGAGAAAGGAGACCCUGGUUUACCUGGAGACCCUGGUCAUAUGGGACCACCUGGGCAGAAAGGCAAUGUAGGAGAGAUGGGAAUACCAGGUCCGGUUGGUCCAAAGGGUACUAAAGGAGAUAUCGGUACACCCGGGCAUCCUGGAUUCAGAGGCACAGAUGGACAGAAGGGAGACAAGGGAGUAGCUGGUGAUCCAGGUAUUGGGCUCCCAGGACCUCCAGGAGAAAAGGGUCAGCAAGGCCAGCCAGGAUUUCCAGGAGUACCAGGAGAGAAGGGUUUUAGGGGUCAUGAGGGUAUGCCAGGCAAGCCAGGACUGCAAGGAGUCAAGGGAGACAAAGGAUCUAUUGGCUACUCAGGUCAGCCAGGUAGACCAGGCGAGAAGGGUAUCCCUGGGCUACCGGGAUCUACAGGAGAAACUGGCCAUCACGGUCGGCCUGGUGAACCUGGCUUGCAAGGACCUCCUGGUGUUCCUGGAGAAAAGGGAGAUCCUGGAUUGGAUGGCAUCCCUGGAUCCUCAGGGGAGAGAGGAGACCCAGGUAUACCUGGCCGUGGUUUCCCUGGACAACCUGGAGUGCUUGGUGACAAAGGUGACAAAGGUAGUCCUGGCUUCCCUGGCACUCCAGGUCAUCCAGGUGUCCCUGGUAUCAAAGGUGAAAAGGGACUUCCAGGUGCACAGGGAGUCCAGGGUGAGCCAGGAGAGAGGGGGCUCCCAGGUCUCUCUCUUGAGGGCCCUAAAGGAGAGCGAGGAGAAACAGGACAACCCGGAGAAGGAGGAUCCCCAGGAGGACCAGGACCCUCUGGUGUGCCAGGCAGAGACGGCCAAAAGGGAGAAAAAGGAGACCAGGGUCUUCCUGGUUUCCAGGGAGAGUCAGGACAAAAGGGCGAUCCUGGAGUUCCUGGACUUCCUGGGCAAUCUGGCCUUCCAGGUAUUGAUGGACAGAAGGGAGAGAGGGGAUUGCAGGGUGUCCCUGGCUUCCCAGGUACAAGGGGUAAUGUUGGGGACAUUGGAUUCAAAGGAGACACUGGAGACAGAGGAUUCCCUGGAGAAAAGGGCAAUGAAGGCCCCCCUGGUCCUCCCGGCCCCAGCAUCGUCAUCAAAGGAGAAAUUGGCUUCCCAGGGAUUCAAGGCUUACAGGGACCUCAGGGACCAUCUGGGUUCCCCGGGCAGAAAGGACAGCAGGGUGUGACAGGUCUUCAGGGGCCAAAAGGUGAAGAUGGCCUUCCUGGAUAUCAUGGUCAGCCUGGAGCCAAAGGGGAUCCUGGCCUGCCAGGGCCAGUGGGACCCAGGGGACACCCUGGCCCCCCAGGACCUGACGGUGUUCCAGGUCAAGUGGGUCCACCGGGUCCCUCCUCCAUGGAUCACGGGUUCUUGGUAACCCGUCACAGUCAAAAUGUAGAGGUUCCACAGUGUCCCGAGGGAACCUCACUCAUAUAUGAUGGCUACUCUUUGCUCUAUGUACAAGGCAACGAACGCUCUCAUGGACAGGACUUAGGUACGGCAGGCAGCUGUCUAAGGAAGUUCAGCCCCAUGCCCUUCCUGUUCUGUAACAUCAACAAUGUGUGCAACUUUGCCUCCCGCAAUGACUACUCCUACUGGCUCACCUCCCCUGAGCCCAUGCCCAUGAGCAUGGCACCCAUCACUGGUGAAAGCAUCAAACCCUUCAUCAGCAGGUGUGCUGUGUGUGAAGCCCCAGCCAUGGUCAUAGCAAUUCACAGUCAGACCAUCAUGAUCCCGCCAUGCCCUCAUGGCUGGGACUCUCUGUGGAUUGGCUACUCCUUUGUCAUGCACACCAGUGCUGGUGCUGAGGGUUCGGGCCAGGCUCUGGCCUCUCCUGGUUCCUGCCUGGAGGAAUUCCGUAGUGCUCCAUUCAUUGAGUGUCACGGUCGGGGAACCUGCAACUACUACGCCAACUCCUACAGCUUCUGGCUCGCCACCAUUGAGGACAACGAGAUGUUUACGAAACCUGUCCCCACAACGCUAAAAGCAGGCAGUCUCCGAACACACAUAAGCCGCUGUCAGGUGUGCAUGAAGAGGACAUAAACCCCCAACACCGGAGUCCUCCCUCCUAACCUGCAAGCAAAACUGCAUGCACAGACAUCCUCGACUUGGCUUAACUUGCUGUUUUCAAACGAUGGUGCUAUUUCCCUGCAUGUGUGAGAGGAGAGGGACAGAGAUGUGGUUUGCAAAACAGCCGGAGAUUGAACAUUACAAACCAGAACACAGAGACCAAGCGGCCUUUUGCUCCAUGCAGAACAUGAUUACAACAUGUCUCUGAAGAACUGCACCCAGUUUACCACUGCACUGAGUACACGCCCCUUAAACUGGUAAACUGGUGCAUCGGUGUGUGAGUCAGGUGCUAUUCAAUCUUACUUAUCUGCCUUAUUCCAUUUUGUUUUUUUUCUUUUCCCUGCCAGUGCCGCACGAUCAAAGAUAUAGUCACAUUUUUAUUAUAGAUUUUAACUUGUUUAAACAUACUAAUGUAAAGGACGGGACUUACCACUGGUUACAGACGCUUGACAUUUGCUAAAUCACCCUAAAGUUGCAGACAUAGAUAUAUAGCAAUCACCCUGUUGUAAAUAUAAUGCAUUCCUCUCUAACAUAGUCCAACAUACUCUCCUCAGGUUAUUAUUGAAAUACUUUGUGUGUUAUGAAGUCCAUUUUUAUUUAUAAGAUUUAUGAGAAUAUGUUGGACUUGAGUGUAUCUGAGAUUCCAUUGAUCCAAAAACAGUGUUUCAACAUCCGACAAUCGAUGCCUUAUUAACACGCAAAACAGCACUGAAAGAGCAUUUGCGUGUGUGUGUGUGUGUGUGUGUGUGUGUGUGUGUAUGAGAGUGUGAGUGUACAUAUACGAAUGGAUUUGAGCUUCUUGGAAAUGUGUUUGUUUUGUUAUGUCUGCAUAUAUACUGUUGCACAACCUUCUUGUUGACAUAAUCCCAAACAGAUGCACAAAAAGAAAUAGACCAAAAAAAAAAAAAUCACCUUUCCUUUACUUGUACUCUGUCGAAACAUUGUGUUUAACAGAUUCCAAAGAUAUGCACAUGUAUAUAUACUUACACAUAACAUGUACUUGCUAUUCUGCUCAUGUACUUGACCGUUCCCGUUUGUGAAUUACUUUUGUUAUCCCUGUUGAUUUAAUGCAAAAUUAAGACUAAAGGGUUGUCAUGUCAUUGUUGUACAUCAGAGUCAAACACAGGCGGAUGAGGAAGACUGUAUUUAUAAGCAUCUGUGCAAGAUGAGAUGCUUUAAAAGGUCUUAAUGUAGGUUUGUGUUUUGUUAAUCCCUUAAAGGAGAACACUGCCUAAAUUAAGAAUUCCAGUAUGUUAUUUCCAUGGCCUAGGAAAGUCCAAUCAGUAGGCUUGUUUGAGAUGAACUGUGCCUUAACUGGAAAGUGGACAAGAUCUGGUGGUCACAAAAAGUUGCAGUCAAGCCUUGGAAGAAUACACAGGAAGUCACAGAUAUAUUUAUAUCCUGUUAGAUCCACCUGUGGACUACCUGCAGUUUGCAGACCACUUAUUAUUAACCACACAGAUUGAACCUUCACUGCACAAAAUGUGACUAAUACCUAAGGAUUUUCAACAAAACCUGGUGUUCAUGGUUGAAGCUAAGAGCCAAUUAGCUCUUUGAUCAGGCGACACCUGGGCAUUUCCCAACAUGCCCCGGGUCUGUGCCGGCCUCAUUUUUGUGAGGUUAUAGCUGUCCACAUAUGGAUGACGUCAGAGCAAACUGGGAUCAAGUUGGACACAAAUUUAAGCAGCAUGCAAUGCGCGACGAUUGCCUGUGAUUGAUUCUGCGCAGGCUCGGCUCAUCUUGAACAAGCCUAGUAUUUGUGAACAUGAGCUAAACUCUCUCAAAGCCAGGCACCAGAGGAGAAAGACUUGUGAUGUCGUCAAGUAUAAGGUCUGGAGCUGCUCCAUGCACACAGAGAAGUUUUAUUCUAUUGUAGCGUUCUCAGCUCUGAAACAGAAGAUGUACUCAUAUACUCAGAACAUUCCCCUGUGUGCUCUCAAUGUCAUCUAGAGCAUCUUUCCCCAUUCAUUGUCUAUGGAGCAGCUCCAGAAAUUUAGGUUUUAGCUUUAUAGUUUUGGGAUUUUGGAGAGUUGUUCAUAUUUGCCAAUAUUUUUGGAUUACCUUAGACCAUAUGAAUAGCAUGCAUAUUUUAUUUUUCUUUGUUUGUUUUAAAAUGAGUGCAGUUCCCCUUUAAUAUACCGUAUUUCAUUAUAACAUAAGUGUUGGUCAGAAGAAGGAAGACCUCUUGGACGCCAAACAAAGUCUCUGUGCCCCUCUCAGAAGAUGCAAGCUAAUUCUACUGUUAAAGUUACAGCAGUUACUCUACACUGACCGUAACCUGUUUUUGUUUGUGUUGUGUGCUUGGUUGUGAUGAAAUGCUCCAUGAAGUAUAUACAGUAUCAGUAGUGUUAACAAACUUGAUCACAGUGGGAAUAAUCUUGACUAAUAAACAAACAGAACGGAACAUCGACAUUUUAUAUUUUCCAGAUCCCAUACUGUGUAAUUCCUGCAAUAAAGUGAUUUCUAGAAUA